AUGGAUAUCACUGGGCUGAAGAGCUACAAAGAGCUGGUGACGCUCAGCGAGGAGGAAAAGAAAGUGAACCUGAAGGAGUAUCUGAAGGAUAAAGAGAGGUCGGAGCUGCUGAUCAAAAGGUUUAAAAAUUUCUACAUAGAUUUGUCUCGUCAAAGGUAUGGAGCAAAGACGCUGAGCAAAUUAAUUGAGUACGCGGAGGAAGUCAAGCUCAAGGAAAAAAUCGAAAAGACAUUUAAAGGAGAAAAAAUGAACAUAACAGAAAAUAGAAGCGUCCUUCACACUGCCUUGCGAAUUCCAAUAGAAAAAAUAAAUACACACAAAAUUGUAAUGGAAGGAAAAAAUAUUCUCGAAAAUGUACAUGACGUUUUAAAAAAAAUCGAAGCAUACUCAGAUAGCAUCCGAAACGGAACUAUAAGGACUUGCAAAAAUACAAAGUUUAAAAAUUUGGUAUGUAUAGGAAUUGGGGGAUCAUACCUUGGCACGGAGUUUGUGUAUGAGGCGAUGAAGUAUUACUAUUACAACUCCAUGGUGGCGAAGAACAAGAAGAAGAAAAAGGAAGCAAACGGGGAGUUGUGCAAAAAUGACGCGGAAAGCAAUUUCGAUAUGGAUUAUGAUCAAGAUGAAAUAAUUAACGUACGCUUUUUGGCCAACGUGGAUCCAAACGAUAUUAAUAGAGCUGUACAUAACAUUGAUCAGACGGACACACUCAUUAUUAUCAUUUCUAAAACGUUUACCACAGCGGAGACGAUGCUGAAUGCGAGGUCCAUCAAACAUUGGUUAAGGUUAAAAAUAAAGGAUGAUGAAGACUUGAGUAAGCAUAUGGUUGCAGUCAGUACAAACUUAAAACUGACGGACGAAUUUGGCAUAGUACGAGAAAACGUAUUUGAAUUUUGGGAUUGGGUAGGAGGAAGAUUUUCUGUGACCAGCGCAGUAGGUAUUUUACCCCUCUCCAUUGCAUUUGGUUAUCAAAAUAUGAGGCAAUUCCUAAAUGGCUGUCAUGAUAUGGAUGAACAUUUUUUAAAAACAAAAUUCGAAGAAAAUGUCCCUGUCCUCCUAGCUCUAACCAGUUUUUACAACAACCAUUUUUGGGAUUGUAAAAAUAUAGCCAUUUUGCCAUACUUUCAAAAUCUGCUAAAAUUUUCUGCUCAUAUUCAGCAACUGUCUAUGGAGAGCAAUGGGAAAACGGUCGACCGAAGUAACAAGCAUGUUAAUUAUAACACGUGCCAGGUGUUUUUUGGAGAGCCAGGGACCAAUGGACAACACAGCUUCUACCAAUUAAUUCACCAAGGACAAAUAAUUCCAGUAGAAUUAAUUGGCUUCAAAUAUUCUCAUUUCCCUCUUCAUUUUCCAAGUGAAAAGGUUAGUAACCAUGAUGAACUUAUGACUAACUUUUUUGCGCAGGCUGAUGCCUUGGCGAUGGGAAAAAGCUUACAAGAGGUAGCUCAGGAAAACGAAAUGAACCAAAAAAAAAUGGCACCAGAAUUGCUAACACAUAAAGUCUUCCAAGGAAAUCGACCUUCCACUCUGCUACUGUUUGAUGAAUUAAAUUUUUACACGUGCGGUUUGCUGCUCUCCUUAUAUGAAUCCCGAAUUGUCGCCGAGGGAUAUCUGCUCAAUAUCAACAGCUUCGACCAGUGGGGCGUCGAGCUCGGCAAGGUCCUGGCCAAGGAAGUGCGCAACUACUUUCACGAGGUGCGUUCCAAAAAGGAGCCCGCUGCCACCCCCCACGCCUUCAACGAGUCCACCAAGAUAUUGCUGAGUUACUACCUCAGUUAG